GUCUGCGUUGUUGUACCACCUGUAUACCGUAUACGUCCCACCAUAUAUAGCCGCGCGCGUGCGCCCUGUCGUCGACAAGUCCCUGUCGCAAUUAGCCAAGCUCGACAGGCACAACCACAAUGGCGGCGGCGAGGUUGCUCCCCCUGCUAUGCUUCUGCGCCGCUCUGGCGGUGCUCCUGCCCUCCGCCGCCGCCUUCGGCACCGCCGACGGGUCGGAGGAGUGGGGAUACGUCGAAGUCCGGCCCAAGGCGCACAUGUUCUGGUGGCUGUACCGGAGCCCUCACCGCGUGGACAACGGCUCCACGCCGUGGCCCACGGUGCUCUGGCUGCAGGGCGGGCCGGGCGCGUCCGGCGCCGGGUACGGCAACUUCAUGGAGAUCGGGCCGCUGGACACGGACCUCAAGCCGCGCGCCACCACCUGGCUCAACAAGGCCGACCUCCUCUUCGUCGACAACCCCGUGGGCACCGGGUUCAGCUACGUGGAGGGCGGCGACAAGAGCCUGCUGGCGCAGACCGACGCCAAGGCGGCGAGCGACCUGACGGCGCUGCUCGUCAAACUCUACCGUGACAACAAGCGGCUGCAGGGGAGCCCGCUGUACAUCGUCGCCGAGUCGUACGGCGGCAAGUUCGCCGUCACCACCGCCCUCGUCGCGCUCAAGGCCAUCGCCAACGGGCAGCUCAACGCCAAGCUCGGAGGUGUGGCUCUCGGAGAUAGCUGGAUUUCGCCGGAGGACUCCGUGCUGUCGUGGGGGCCGUUGCUGUACGAGAUGUCCCGGAUCGACGAGAGCGGGCUGCAGCAAUGCAACAGCAUCGCGCAGAAGAUCAAGGCGCAGCUGAGGGCGAACCAGUACGCCGACGCCGAGAAGUCGUGGGAGGACCUGGAGUCGGCCGUGCUCGAGCAAAGCAACUCCGUCGACUUCUACAACUUGCUGAAGGACGAGUCGCCGUCGGACGCGGCAGCGCUGACGCUGGCGGGGGGCAAGCGGAUCAGGAAGGAAGGGUACACGAGCUACCUGAGCAACAAGGCCACGAGGGAAGGCGGCCUGGACGGCCUCAUGGACACGGACAUCAAGGCCAAGCUCGGGAUCAUCCCCAAGAACUUCACCUGGGGGCAGCAGUCCGGCGACGUCUUCGAAGCGCUCGAGGGAGACUUCAUGAAGCCAAGAAUCCACGAGGUUGAUGAGCUGCUGAAACUUGGCGUCAAUGUCACAAUCUACAGCGGACAGCUUGACCUCAUCUGCGCCACCAAGGGAACACUGGACUGGGUUCAGAAGCUCAGGUGGGAUGGCCUGAAGCAGUUCAACGGGUCACCCAGGAAGCCCAUCUACUGCAAGGGAGGUGAAGCGGUCGGCACCCAGGGCUUCGUCAGGUCAUACAAGAACCUCAGGUUCUACUGGAUACUGGGAGCUGGACACAUGAUACCGAUCGACAACCCUUGCCCUGCGCUCAAGAUGCUGGCUGACGUUACACAAUCUCCUGCUCACUAGACAUAAGAAGAUACGCACACCAUACAGGCUGACACCAACACAAGAAAAUGAUUCCUUAGCACAUUUGUUUUACCCUCCUUGGAGUUUUUCUUUUCUUUUCACAGUAAGAAAAUGUUGGUGAAUGAGAUAGCAUUGAUGAGAGAAGAAAGAUGAUAGUACAUGAACAGAGAGAGACAACUGUUUGACUUUGUAACAUAUAGAGUACUGGUGCAGCUGUAUUUUCGGUGACAGAGUACAAUCAAAAUCAAAAUUUAUUGCA